UCCCUCAUACUCUCUCUCUAGGGUUAGCGCUCUCUCUAUCUCCCCCGCUCUCACAUCCACCCAGAGAUUUUGAGUGAUUUUGGCCCCAUCGCACCACCGGUGAGGGGGAGGCCAGCGAUUGAAUCAUCGGGGGAUCGCACCCAGUCAUCGAUACCGAGCACCUGAAAUCUAGAACUGUAGGAGGUGUGUUGGAAUUGCAGAUUCUAGGUAGGUAAGCAUACCCUCUAGUACCAGCAUCUCUCUCUACAAACUCGUCUAUGAUUUUGUUGGUUUUGGGGGGUGAGGGGGGAUUUUCCCCUGCAGCAGCAUCUCACAGGCUUGGAAUCCGUGGUGCAGGACCAGGGAAACAUCUCUGCAGGGUAUUUGCUUCAUGCGCAGGUCUGCAUGUGUCAAAAGGCGUAGGAGCAGCAAUCAGGUUGGAAGGAUCUCUGUUACUGGCUUUUUCCUCAGCCCCUCAAAUACACUGGAAGGAUAUCUGAUAUUUUUUAAGUUCACAAUAACAUCCAACUCUGAACAUUUGCAAUCAUAAAUUACAAUGCCUGGAGCACAGAAGAAGCAGCAAGGCCGGGGGGCAGCAUCCCAAGAUUCUCGAAGAAACAGGGCAUUCCCUGCUAGACUCAUCAAGUUAUAUGAAGAGUUGACUGGACCUCAGCGCAAGAUGAUUCGUGACAUCGAUUUUGAUGGGCUGCUGCAGAUUCAGUGUUCCACAAUUCCAGCAAGAUUCACCAAUUGGCUGUUCACUGCGCCGCAAACUUGCAUCACAUAAGGGCGCCUGAGUACAGUAGGAAGGAUUUGCAAUGCUUUCAUCUAGAAAAUCAUAAUCAAAUUCUGGGGGGAACUCAUUCAAAUCCAUGGUGCCUGAAAAUAAAUUUUUUAUGAAUAAAUGGACAACCAGCAAGCAAAAAUGUGAUUAUAGAAAGGCAUAGUAGACAAUUUUGUCAAGCAAUUUUCUAUCACAAAGCUAACAAUUGUUCAACAUCUUUUUUUUGCAGCAUACAACAAGGUGCAACUGAGAAGUGCAAAUGGAUGGUCGGUGAUUAUUGGAGAUGCAACCAUCUUUUUUCACCAGCGUUCAUGAUAGUUAUCCACACCCUAUCCUUUUUAGAUCUGCAAUAACUUUUCGUACAUUAAGAAAACUGGAGAGAUUAAAGAGUAGGCAUUUCAAAUCUUGGCUAGAACCUAAAAAACCCAAUCUAUGCUGUGCAAACUAAUGCCCCCAACAGAUCUUUUUCUUCGACUGCUACAAUAUGUUAAUAACGUACCUUUUCUCAGUUUCACUUCUGAAUUGCGUGUAUUGCUACAAAUAUGUGCCGAGCAAUCUUGUUUCUUGUUGCCGUCGCCUCCCUAGGCGAUAGACAUUUUUUUUAUCUCUGUGCAUCUAUAAAUCUGUAUGUACCGGCGGUUGCAGCUGGGUUAUUUAGUAGAGCACGCAACAGGGACGAGUAAAAUGGGCCGCGCUAAGGCUAGUGGGCCGGGGGAUGGCGGGGUGCAGCCGGGUGAGACAAAAUAGGAAAGAUGCAGUUUUGUGUUUUUUUCCAAAAAUAAUAAGGUUGUAGGGAAGUAUGUUUUUACAUCCGGCUCUAAGUUAGCUGGCCCUUAUUUUAAUUUAAUGGUCCUAGAAUCAAUGUGAGCCGCAGCAAACGGACAAGUAUAAAGAAAAGAACCUGACAGCAAGGGCAACAUGUGCGAACAAAACAUUGUAGCCUUUUUAGGAUGCAGUGGGCGGAUUUCCAAUGCAUUUCUGGAGGCUUUUCAAAGUGGAGCAGCAGGGGAAUAUUGCUAGCCUUUUUUUUCUUUUUGGCACUUUAUUUUCUGUUUCUUAGACUUUUAAUUUAAAUCCCAUCCUCUCUGCACAAGAAACAGUGCAAAUAUAUUUAUUUAUUUAUUUGGUCUUGCUGAGCAUCAUCAUCUCUCCUCACUGAGUCACUCUUUGCAGCUGCAGUGUGUGAGUUGAGUGCUCUAUGCCACCAGCUAGUGAGGUUCCUGGAGGUGAAGGCGACCGUUUCACUAUGCUAGAUUAGCUCAAACACUCCUAUUCUUUUCAGCAGCUCUCGCCUUUUUGUUCAAUCCUGGGCUCAAAUCGUAUCUAUUCCUGCUUUCCUUUUCACACUUGCAAAUCAACCUAGAAAGGCCAUCUUGUUUAUCGCUUCUGCUUGUUUUGGAGCCAUCUUUGGCAGUGUUCUUUAUUGCUAUCUAGCAGCCUCUUUGCUGUCCUUCUCAGCCAAUUUACUCUCACCUGGGGCCUGGGGGCUUGCAUGCCAUCAAUGCUCCCCUGAGGUGUUUAUCAUGUGAACAUCUGCAUUUUGCUAUCACGGGAAAUCCCCUCUCAUGGUCCACUGUAUUCUGUAGGUGGAGUUUGGCUGGACUUCAUUUAUUCCCAAAGAUUCGAGCUUUUGGAGCUUUAAUAGGUCACAACUCACAACUCACAAAUUCUCCUGGCGCUUGAGGAAACUUUGGCCGCCCCCUCGGGAGGAGCUCUUGCAAUUCUAGAGGCUUCGAGAAUUUCAACUUUUUUUUAGGCUUCGAGAGCUCAAGAGUUGGAUUUCUGAAACCAUUCUAGAGGUUUGCUCUCGCCGAUUUCCAAGAUUUCUUCUUUAUCUCUUCGUUUCCAAGAUCUGAGCUUGAGGAUUCUUUCUGCAAAGCAGAGCAAUCCACCUAAACCGUCCUAAGAUUUGGAGCUGGAAUAAUCCACCGAUGGGUUCCGGGUUCGGCCAUGGAGCGGCGGCGGUGGCCGUGGCGCUGGUUUCUUGGCUGUGCUUCGCUUCAGCGGGCGUCGGCGCGAUAGGGGCGAACUGGGGCACGCAGACGAGCCACCCGCUCCCGCCGGACACGGUGGUGCGGAUGCUCAAGGACAACGGGUUCCAGAAGGUGAAGCUGUUCGACGCCGAGGAGGGCACCAUGAACGCCCUCAAGAAGAGCGGGCUGGAGGUGAUGGUCGGCAUCCCCAACGACAUGCUGCUGACGAUGGCCUCCAACAUAAAGUCCGCCGAGAAGUGGGUGUACACGAACGUCUCCAGCUACCUCAACGACGGCGUCAACAUCCGGUACGUUGCAGUUGGGAAUGAGCCAUUUUUGGAGACAUACAAUGGAAGCUUUCUGCAAACCACUUAUCCCGCCAUCAGAAACAUUCAAAGUGCACUUAUAAAGGCUGGUUUGGGCAAUCAAGUUAGAGUCACAUGCCCUCUGAAUGCCGAUGUCUAUGCAUCACCAACCACCAAGCCUUCUGACGGGGACUUCCGCACAGAUAUUCAUGAUCUGAUGAUCGCUAUUGUAAAAUUGCUCAGCGACAAUGGUGGAGCUUUCACUGUCAACAUAUACCCUUUCAUAAGCCUCUACAUUGAUCCAAAUUUCCCUGUGGACUAUGCCUUCUUUGAAGGGGCCUCGUCACCCAUUGUUGAUGGUUCCAUUACUUACACAAACAUGUUCGAUGCGAACCAUGACACACUUAUAUGGGCUCUGAAAAAGAAUGGCUUUGGAAACCUCCCAGUCAUUGUUGGGGAGAUCGGAUGGCCUACUGAUGGGGACAGGAACGCUAAUGCUCAGAUGGCUCAGCGCUUCAACCAAGGCUUCAUGACUCAUAUUGCCUCUGGUCGAGGAACGCCGAUGCGGCCUGGACCUGUUGAUGCUUACUUGUUCAGUCUAAUUGACGAGGACGAGAAGAGCAUCCAACCAGGAAAUUUUGAGCGGCACUGGGGUAUCUUUACUUAUGACGGAUGGCCAAAAUACCAACUGAAUCUCGGGACAGCAAAUUCAGGCGGCCUUGUGAGAGCAAAGGGCGUGAAGUACCUUGAAAAGAAGUGGUGUGUACUGAAGCCUUCAGUGCCCCUCAACGAUCCGAAGAUCGCAGACAAUGUGGGUUAUGCAUGUUCCAUGGCAGACUGUACCAGCCUUGGUUAUAAGACUUCAUGCGGGAUGCUGGACGAAAGUGGUAACAUCUCAUAUGCGUUCAACAACUACUACCAGAAGAACGACCAAGAUGAUGUUGCCUGUGGGUUUCAAAACCUCGCGACCACCACCGGCCAAGACCCCAGCACUGGGACAUGCAGAUUUGGUAUCAUGAUAGAGGUCGACUCUGCCUUCUCAUUGGGGCUGCAGCGGCUUGGAAGCAACUUCUUCUUGAUGCUCCUGCUUGUGCUUCUCCAGCUAUGCCUGUCGUUCUCAUAAAUGCUUGUUUUCUGGAGAUGAGCAUAAAAGUAUAAACAAUCUGACAGCUUGAGGAUAUUUGAUGUCUGUUGUCAGUAUCAUUCAUGUAGGAACCUUUUUUGUUUAACCUUUUUUCUUCUCUUCUGAAGGAAAUUGCGGACAGCGGUUCCAUCCAUGCUUGGAUUAUUGUUAGGUUAGAUUUGAUCCAUCAGCACCAUUUGUGAUGGGAAUGAGGCAUUGAGCCAGCCAUUUGCUCCCAGAAAUGUGAUGGCGCUGCCAUUAAACCUUUGCAAGCGUGACAGGUUCAGACGCUUGUGUUGCA